GACGACAGAUUCCAAUUCGUGGUUUUCUGUUGCAGAUAGAAUUUCCACUUUCCAGAAAUACCCCCAAUCCUUCAAACAAUUUCGACGCCAUUGGAAUUUUGGCCCUGCCAGACCAGUAGACGCACACGACUCCGCAUUUUCCCCUUCCAUGGAGCGAACACACGGCCACCACAAACUGGGAGCGAGGCCGCAUCACAACCAGCUUAAGUCCGUCAAAUCUUGCCGUUCUCCGAGCUGAGGGUUUUGGAGUUUCAUUCUUAUUUACAGGUUUUCGCCUUAGUUAGGGUUUGAGCGGCUUAAUCAAUCAUUUUUUUUAUUGGUUUUUGUUGCUUAAAGACGCUGCUAGGUCCUGUGUAAAUACUCUUCUAGCUCUAGGAUUUUCUGGAGGAAUAUACUGUCUCGAGGAGGGCUUUGGAUUGGAGUAGUGAACAGUGAUUAAUCUUCUAGAAGCGUGGUCCUCUGAAUUAGGGUUUCAAGCGCUUAAUCAAUCUUUAGAGAGGUUAUGUGAGUGGACCUGGUGGCAAGCUCUUGUGGCCUGUGUAAGGGGGAAUGGGGAGCACCGUCGAAUCAGAUAGAAAGCGGCGUCACUUCAGCACCAUAUCCCCAACCGCUGCUACUGCCAAGAAAGCGCCCUUCUUGCCCAUUUCCGAGGACAAAAAGCUUGAUGUUGCUGUUCUUCAAUACCAAAACCAGAAGCUCAUACAGAAAUUAGAGGUUCAGAAGGUAGAGUACAAAUCUCUUCAGAAUAAAUAUGCUCACUUGAAGGAGAAACAAGAGCCAUAUGACAUCACAGUGGCUGUAGUUAAAAACUGUUGGGAGGAGCUUGUUAAUGGAUUGGAGAAGUCUUCUGUCUGCAUGAGAAGGUGGAGGAGCAAGCAGGAUGGUGAACAAUCAAUAGCUGCUGUAGAUGGAUCCUCGUCUAGCUUUGAAGAUGCUGUUCUUAGUCGGCUGGCAGAAACAGGUGCUACUCAAAGUUCCUCAUCAUAUAGUUCCACUAAGCACAUGGAAGAAGAAACAGAAUCACCUUGUGAGAAGACCAAAACCAUCGAGCGAAAUAUAGAAGCGUCAAUUGAGAAUCUCUGGUAUCUGAAGGAUGGUUUACAUGCCACAUUGUUGAGUGAGCUCCCAAUAGAUGAUUCAUUCAGGAAUAGGACAUCUGGUGACUUGGUUAAAGAAGUAAGAAAUAUGAGGUUGAGAGUCAAGGAUUUUUUGUUUAAGCAGAAGGUGUUGGCUAAAGAAUUGCAGAAUCACCGGGACUUGGAUGCAAAAACUAAAGCUGAGCUAAAAGCUUUAAAAGUGGAAUUGGAGAGUGCGGUGGCUGAACUGGAAGAUAGCAAUUCCAAGCUAACGAAGCUUAGAGCAGAACAUGAUGCGGCAAAAAAGGCUGGAUUUCCUGUUUUGAAUCUAGCAGGUAAACAUUCCAGCAGUAGUAAGGUGAGAGAUAAACAAAAAGAUCUUCGAGAUAUGGAGUCUGCUCUCAAAGAGUUGAAGGACCAAGCAGUUGAUCGCCUGGCGGAAUUAAACAGUCUACAUGAAGGACGACUAAAAAUGUUGCAACAGUUAUCUGAUUUCCGGAAUACUAUGAAGAGCGUGAAGUGCCUUUCAGCUUCACAAUCAUAUCUUUUAUUGAGAGAUCGGAUAGAAAAAUUAAAAUCAGAAGUAUACGAGCAGCAGGCUUUAUUUGAGAAACUACAGGUUGAGAAGGAUAACAUUAUAUGGAGGGAGAAGGAAUUGAAUGUGAAAAAUAACAUACUUGAUGUUUUGAGAAGAUCAUCUACUGUCUCUGAUACUAAGAUUAAUGAUCUGGAAAUGCUGAUUCAGAAACAUAAGGAUGAAAAAAUGUCAACUGAGAACAAGCUGGUUGAAGUAUUGAAAGAGCCAGGAAGGAAAAAAAUUGUCUCAGAAUUUAGAGCAUUGGUUUCUUCGUUUCCAGAAGCAAUGGGGUCUAUGCAAAGUCAGUUACAUAAAUACAAAGAAGCUGCUUCAGAUGUUCAUUCUGUGCGAGCUUUCAUGCAAUCUCUUUCUAGUAUUAUUGAUAGAAUGGAGAAGGAGUGUGAAGGUUUGUCAUCCCAAUCCAAGGAUCAAAUUGCAGAGAUACAGAAGUUGCAAGCUACGGUUCAAGAUUUAACAGAAUUUAAUCGGGACUUGAAACUCAUAAUUGAUAUGUAUAGACGUGAAUCAACUGAAUCAAGGGAAGUCUUGGAAGCUAGGGAUUUGGAAUAUAAGGCAUGGGCUCGUGUUCAAUCAUUGAAGUCCUCCCUGGAUGAACGCAACCUGGAAUCACGUGUUAAGACUGCAAAUGAAGCUGAGGCUAUAUCUCAACAAAGGCUAGCUGCUGCAGAAGCUGAGAUUGCACGCUUAAGACAGAAGCUAGAAGCAUCUAAAAGGGAUUUAACUCGAUUAUCAGAUGUUUUAAAAUCUAAAAGCGAUGAAAACGUGGCGUACUUGUCUGAAAUUGAGACAAUUGGUCAGGCAUAUGACGAUAUGCAAACUCAAAACCAGCAUCUGUUGCAGCAAAUAACUGAGAGAGAUGACUACAACAUUAAGCUUGUUUUAGAAGGUGUGAGAGCAAGGCAAUUGCAGGAGAUUAUGCUCAUAGAGAAACAGACCUUGGAAAAGGAGAUUCAGCAAGCCAAUGCAUCUCUUGUACUUUUUGAGAUGAAAGCUGCUAGAGUUGAAGACCAGUUGAGAGGCUGCUCGGAUCAUAUUAAGAAAAUUAAAGAUGACAAGUUACAUGACACAGAUACCCUAGAAAACAUCCAAAAAAGAUUAUUGGAUAUUAAACUAGCAUCUCAACAAACAAGGGAGUCGCUUGAUCAAUCCCAGUCUAAAGUUGAAAAAAGUCGAACGACUCAAGCAGAGCUGCAGAUAGAAUUAGAAAAAGAAAGGUUUGAGAAGAAAAGAAUUGAGGAGGAACUAGAAGUUGUUGGCAGAAAAGCUUCACGGCUUGAAGCACAGAUGGAAAGCUCAUCAGUGGUUGAAAAGCUUCAUGAGGAACUUGGGGAAUAUGAAAAGAUAGUGAAUUGCAAAAUUUGUGUCGACAGUAGAAAGCAGGUUGUCAUUACAAAGUGCUUCCACUUGUUCUGUAAUCCCUGUGUACAAAAUAUCUUGAAGAGUCAGCAUCGCAAAUGCCCAAGAUGUAGUGCAAGUUUUGGGCCCAAUGAUGUCAAGCAAGUUUUCUUUUGACUUGAAACUGCUCAUACGUACCUUCAGUAAGACUUAACUCAGCCGCCCUUGGUGCACAUUUCAUGGCCAUUUGGUUGAGGCAAGAGUUGACAUGGGAAUACAAACAGGUUUACGUGUAUGACUAUGCUAGAAUGUAGGGCAAACAGUGCAUGAGACGAGAGAACGGAAUAUGGAAUUGUCUGACGCAUAGCAAUUUAAGCAAAUCAUUUAGAUCGUUUGGCUUGUUUCUAGAUUUUUUUUUUUAAUAUUUUAUUAAAAGUUUAUUAAGAUGCACAUUUAUUUUACCUUCUCUUCUGAUGUGGUUGGAGCAACUGGAAGCUUUCAAUUUAUUAUUUGCAGAAUUAAUCAGAAUCGCUUCUCACUGCUAUACAGCCAUGGAUGGACAUAGACGAACAAGUUUUACUUUGCUCAACCAAAAAAUAGCACGCCCACUCCAACAGUUGAAGCUAGAGUUGAUGAGUGGUGUUCUUAAUGCAAAGGGGUUUGCCCUCUCAAAACAGCUGGUUGGACAACGUCAUCACUCCUGCCGGCAAAAAUUUUUGUACAUGACUUGGUUAGGUCCUAGAAGCUGAUAUUUCUAUUUGAUUUAUCUUAUACAUUUAUUCCCCAUUUUCUCCUUGAUGUAUUUGUGGAUCCAUGUUUCAAUGUUUUAGCGAACCUAUCAUCAGCACAUGAGGUGCGCAAUUUGCUUGAAGAUGCUCGUUAGU